CCUACUGGUCAAAAGUUGAACACAUCUUGACCUCCUUGUGCAAUAUCCUCCAUUUCCUUUGUCAAAAAUGAAACAAAUACGGGGCGGCGGGGUACGGAAAGUGCUAAUGAUACCACCUUGGCGGUUCAUCGAGUCCUUAGAACAGCUUAGAUGGCGUCAAGGAACGGCACGAAAAGCGUGAUAAUCUUUGCAUGCAUCAACGGAUCAAGGCAUAUGGGGGGCGGUGGACGGCGAAGAAGCUAUGGCGGCAUUUUCGCCGCGUUUUGUGUUUGUACGAUCACGCUGAAGAAGAGAGUCGAUUUGCGUUUUGAAUUUUUUGCGUUUUGUCGGCCUGAGAACCGAGCUAUUGCUGGUUCUCGAGCUAUCUGCAUUCUGGAUUGGAGACGAAAGGGUCUUCCGAAUCGAAUCGCCCGCGAUCAGAGUUUGGGAGAGUGUGAUUGGGCGCUCGAUGGGAGAUCCGAAAGGGGCGACCAAAACGAGCCAACAAGAAACACCAUUUCAUUCGCUGCGCGCGGCAUCUGUGAUCCGUCGCGAUUCAUCGGAUAUGUUUCAUCACACACAAAAGGAUGCAAACGACACGGCACGUGUUACUACAACUUCAUACGAAAGCGAUGAAGCUAUAUUCGAGAGACUCAUAGCUAGCUUUUCGACCACGAGACACAAGUUGUUUGCUUUGUCUGGCCUAUCAAAUCAAGAUCUUACCAGAUUUGGAACCGAGUUCUCUUCUGUGUACCCUUCGCGCUGGAAACAGCCUUGUUCACAAUGUGCUUCGUGAAAGCAGGUACCUAU